UCUGAACAGGUUGCCAUCAAAGAUAAAGAAGGAAGGAUAUCUUUUCCAGAGGAGGGGGAAGACAUUUCAAAACUUAGUGAUGAUGAACUAAGAGUUGCAUACAUUGGCAUAGAAGGCAUGCAUUGCAAUUCUUGUGUUAAAAACAUUGAAGGAAACAUUUCUGAUUUAAGUGGUGUCAAGCAAAUUGAAGUGUCUCUUGAGGAAAAAGAAGGAAAAAUUAUGUACUCACCAAAGCAAACCAGUGGCAAGGCAUUAACAAAUGCCAUUGAGGAAAUGGGAUUUGAAACAUCUUUGAAGCGCAUUGUGGAUGUUUUGACACAACAUGAAAUAGCUCUGUCUGAGGAUGGAAAAAUGGACAAUAAGGAGAUUGAAAGCCUGGAAAAUUCCUGCAGUAAGAGUUAUAGUGAGGUAAAGAUCUCUGUGAAAGGAAUGACAUGCCACUCUUGCGUGAAGACCAUUGAACAAGGAAUGUCUAAGCAACCUGGUGUACAAGUUGUAAAUGUUUCACUCAAGAAUGAAGAAGCGACCAUUACUUAUGAUGCAUCCAUGACUGACCCUGGGAACCUAAGAGAGGCCAUUGAUGACAUGGGCUUUGAGGCAGCUUUGUCUUCACCUUCACCCACCCCUCCCCUAACAAAUGAUGUCCAGACAGUCAUGAUAAACAUUGAUGGUAUGACUUGUAAUUCAUGUGUACAGACAAUCGAGAAAAACAUUUCCCAGCUUGAUGGCAUUCAGUUCAUUUCAGUGUCCCUAGCAGCAAAGACAGCCCAAGUUCAUUACUCACCUGGAAAAGUCACAGGGGAGCAAGUGAGAGAAGCUAUAGAGGACAUGGGAUUUGAUGCAAGUUUGAUUGGGGAUGGUGUCUGCAAUGUUGAUAAGGAUGUGCGAAUGGCGAUGAUUAGUGUUGAAGGAAUGACAUGCAUGUCUUGUGUGAAAACAAUUGAGGGAACCAUGUCUACAAAGCCAGGAGUACAGAAUAUCAAAGUCUCUCUUACUGACAAACAAGCUGCUAUUGAGUACGAUGAGGCAGUGACAACACCAGAAGAUUUACGUGCAGGGAUUGAAGACAUGGGAUUUGAUGCUACACUUUCUGAAGGUAAGAGUGACAACAAAACUGAAAUCAGUGAAGCAACUAAUUCAAUUGAAGCAAUGAAAUUGGUGGGAGGCAAAUCACUUCACCAUUUAUAAACUGCCUUACUAGUUCAUAUAACACUCUUACCAUUUGGCCAUGAAUAAACGAAUAGGUGCAAAAUCAUUUCACGAAAGUGUUUAUCAAUUGUGGGGGAGUGGUUCUCUAAUUUCAGACUAUCAGAUCUUUCAGUAUUGGGUCACUUAACUUGGCUUUGCUCUUGUCAAUCAAUCAGGAGUUUAAAAAGAUCAAUGGUAAAGUUAUUGGUUAUGGCAUGUUGUUACAUGUAUUUUUUAAAGGUUAAGAUGUAAGGAGAUUGCCUUUUAAAGAAUAGCUCCAUACUUCUUUAUAGAAACCAUACAUACCCCCACAAUUCCUCUAUUUUGAAAGCUUUAGAAACUCUUUAUGAGGGCCAAUUUACUUUGUAAACUCAAUUGAUGAAACCAAAAUAUCUUGUAAUAACCUCCACUAACACAGCACCCCCUUAUUCCUACAAAACUACACCUUAGUGACAUUCAAAGUUUCUCUUCUCAGCCAAAUGCAAAUUAGUUUCUUCACAAGUAUUUGAUCUUACACUAGAUGUUAUCCUUCUUCUUGUAUGUGGUUAACCAUUGCUGUGCAAGAAGUGACCUGGUUUCUUGAAAUCUUUUGUCAAUGUCCUGGGAAUAAAAUUUCAAUUAUUUUUUUAAAACAUCAAACUUGAAACCCAAUCUUUGAAACUUGAUCCUUCAUUCUUGAAAAUGAUCAAGUUUCCAGUCAAGACAAAUCCUCUCAUUUUAGUAAGGAUCUUAGAAUAAUAGAAUUUAUCAUCAUGGUACCUGUCAAAAUCAAGUGGCUUGAAAAAGAUUUAAGUGUCAUAUCUUAUAAAAAAUACAAGCUUGAGUUCAAGAUGAAUAUUUAUGAUACACUAGUUGACACAGGAAAAGUUUUUUUCACUGAACUGAAUCAUAAAGAAAAUAAUCUGUGGUGAAAUGGACCCCUAAAGAAUGGAAAUGUUUCUUUUUUGGCAAGGUCAAAGGGUAUUUUGUUAUUUCCAUUGUGCCUGAGAUUGAUUUCAACAUUGAACUUUUAUGAAGGAUGCCUUUCAUAGCAAAGUAAGUGGUUAACCCUUUAACUCCCAAGAUCUCAUUAGUAAUUCUCCUUACUGUUUGCUAUGAAAUUUACAUGAUUCUAGUUUGGAGAAUUUGCUAUUGGAUCAACAAAUAAUCCCCUAAUUGAUAUUUUCUUUAUUCUCAUUACCUGUCUGCUUGAUAUUGUACUGAUAGUGUAAGGAGAAAUUCUGUCUUGGUCACUAGUGGGACUUAAAGGAUUAACUUUGUGGUCUGGUCAACAUGUUUGUUCAAAUACUUUAUUCUCCCAACUAGCCAUAUGUUCUAAUUGCUAAUUCUCUCAAACAAACCUAUCUUACAUUGUUUAUUCAUUAUAGUUAUUUGUAUUUUUAACAUCACUUUUGAAUGACAUGAUAGAUGUUACAUGAGAUACAAUUACACAAUGGCUGGGAUCCUUAGCAAGCUCUCCUGUGCAUUUUAUAGAAGAUUAACAAAAUUUCAGUGAACUUCAUAUAUUUCUUUCAUGUAAUGAUGAUGGUAAAAAUUAUAAGUAAGGUAGAUAUUGCAUUGGGCUUCAGACUUGAAGAUUGGACUGGUAAAUCUCACUAAUCAACCAACAAAAAUAUAACAUUAACAACAACAACUAGUAAAGGAAAACAACAAGAACAAUAAUUUUUUUACACCCUGAGAUGAGAAUCAAGGGGAUUCUUGCUCCAGAGCUCUACCAAGCCCUCCUCAAAUAUGUAAUGUUCCCCCACCCUGGAGCUAUACCCGGCCCUUCUCAAAGAUGUACUGCCCCCUGCCCCCUUCUCUAAGCUAGCUCUUGAUACUCAAAACUUUAGGUCAACUGAAAUUGCCAGCUACAUGUAAGUUAUAACAGCUUAAUUUUUUGGUUUUUGGUUUGUUGUCAGAUGGUGAGAGAUCAAAGAAUGAAGAGGGUGCUAAUGCUGUCAAUCAUGAUUUGGCUGGUGAUUGGGAGGUGACAUUUAGUAACAUGGAAACUGUGAGAAGCAGAGAAUCACUGGGUGAAGAAGAUGUAGAGAAGAUUUAUCUGCUCAUUACAGGCAUGACAUGUGCAUCUUGUGUGGGAAGCAUCGAGAAAGGACUUAUGAAGAAGAAAGGUGAGCCAACUCCAAUGAUAUUAUUUUGACCCCUAACUCCCUAACAUCAGGAUGCAUACUCUCCAUACUGCUCUAUAUGCAUUUCAAAGGUUUAACAAGGAGAAUUGGUUGAAUAAUCAUUAGCUUCUUUAGAGGAUGAUUAUUUCCUUUCUUCUCCUAACCUUUAUGUUUGAUUUGGUAGUAAUACUGUGAGGAGAAUUGAGAUGCUAAUAACUGCUUUGAAAGGCCACUAUUUCUGGUAAAAUUGUGGGGUUUUUAAAUGAAGAAGACUUUGUAUGAUGUUGUUUGAUUGUUUUGAAAUAAAGAUUUUGUUUACAAACAUUUUAACUUUUUCACAGGAAUAAAGUCUGUACUUGUUGGCCUGUUAGCACAGAAAGCAGAAGUUAAAUUUGACAAGAAAAGGAUCACACCAGAAGAAAUAAUCUACUAUGUGAAGGGCUUGGGGUACGGUUGUGAACUUUUGGAUCAAGGUGGUCAGGGAGAGGGUACAGUUGAUAUAAAUGUAAGUGUAUUGUGAUUGUAUUUGCAAUGUUCAAUAUAUCAGCUUUUUAACUAUGUUUGAUUAAAUCACAGGUCAGCCAUGUAUCAGAAAGGAUCCAAAAGGAACAUGCAUUGAUUACUGUGCUUUUAUUAGAUACACAUAAUUUGUUCACUUAAGCUGUUGUCUAUAUUCACUUACAAGUACAGUCUAAAGAAACCUUUGUGCUGUGUCGAUGGGGGACGAGUAUAACAAGAUAGUUUGGUUUGAUCAACUAAGUUGAUAAAGUAAAUUGGGCACCGUAAAGAAUUUCAAGCCCUUUGCCAGAGCGAGUAGAGGAAUUGUGGGUUGUGUAUGGUUUAUGUCCAGAAACAUGGAGCUAUGCUAUUGGUGGGGACAUGGUUGACUAAAUAGCGUUCGUUGAUUCCUUGGGGAUUAAGAGUGCUGUUUUGAGUGAUGAAUUUUUGUUGUGGAGUUUUGCAGCUUUUCGAAUUACCUAGAUGUAAGGAAGGGCAUCAGACUGCCUUGUAUUGCGUAGAAUUAUUUGGGAGAUCUAAGUGUCUAGUAAUUGGUUUGGAUGCGUCUUUGUCAUUCCUUUUCUACGUCGUGAAGGUGUUCUCAGAAUCGUCGUCAUUCGACUUCCUGUCUCGUCGAUAUACAACUUUUUGCAAUAAAAGCAAGUUAAAUGACAUUGGUGGAGAUACAGGUGAAGUCAUCAGUGAUCUUAAUGGAUCGCUUGGAUCCCGAUAUUUUCUCGACGUUAUGAAUGAAAGGACAAGUUUUGCAUCGUGCGCGCGUGCAUUUAAAGACCCGUGUUAAUUUGUAUUUAUCUUCUGACAACUUGUAUAUUAGUUCAGUGAUAUGAGGGAUAUAAUAUCCUGUUUCUCUUCUUGUUGCAGAUAACAGGCAUGACUUGCUCCUCGUGUGUUCAUUUAAUAGAAUCAAACCUCACCAAAAGGAAAGGAAUACUGAAGGCAUCAGUUGCAUUAGCAACGAGCAGUGGCCGAUUUGUGUACGACACAGAAACAACAGGUCCACGGGACAUUAUUGAAUCUAUCGAGUCUCUAGGUUUUAGUGCAUCAAUGGACAACGAUGACAAGAAAAAGGAUAGGAUAGAUCACUCAAAGGAAAUAAGCAAGUAAGGCUUAGAUUUGAAGCAUCUAUUGAAAAUUGUCACGGCAUGCACUAAAAAAAAUAUUUUUUCUCUGCUCCAUUAAGCAUUCGAUGAAAAGUUCAUAUCUUCAAUCAAGAAAACCUUUUUAUUUUUAAAUUUUUUUUCUUUUAGCACAGGGCGCUGGCGAGAGGCCACAGUGAAAUGAGUUUGAAUGUAGCGUCACAGCAAACACCGAGAAAAUGAUAUCAUGAAUGUUAUUAGGCGCAUAACAAUCAGUUUUAAAAGACAUUCUUCUUUCUUUUAAUUAUGAUACGCCCAUCGGUACUGCGUUGUUUGUGGCCAGCGAACCUUGAUGAAAUUUUCUGGUGAGCAAACACUGUUUUAAGUUGACAGGGCCAUAGCGGUGAACAAACAAAUACAGCCGAGAGACACUUCAGACGAUCGACAGACAUUCGGUGCAGUUCAACCACCAGUUUUUACCCAAAAACACAAUGUCCACUGAAAUAAACAAUGACCAUUCUAUUAUACAGAAAACAAUCGACUAGCUCUUACACGCUCAUUACGAGCAGACGCAUCUGAGAAGAGAUGCGUCUGCUCGUCUGUCAAGAUUAGUCUGCGUCAAGUCCUUAUCGCCUACUCAUCUUUUGGUUCCCUUACCUUUGAGCUGCAUGUAGCGCAAACGUUUUUAAGCCUAUCGUCUGGAAUCCUUUUCGAUCUUUUUCAUCUUUAACGUAAUCCCUUGUCUUUUUUGGUUUCCUCUGUCUAUUGUUGGUGAGUUUUUUUGUCUCGCCAUACUAUUAUUGUUAAUUUCCAAGGUCAAGUGAGACAUUUUGUAUUCAUUGUUUACAUUUUACACACUUAUUUUUUCUUGCUUUUAGAUGGAGACGCUCAUUUUUGUUUUCCCUGAUCUUUGGAGUACCAACAUUCAUUAUAUUUAUUACAUAUGUGAUUCUGGAUGAGUUUGAGAAGAGACCAAACCAAAUGGUGCUACCUGGACUGUCCUUGGAGAAUUUGUUAAUGUUUAUCUUGUGUACUCCAGUUCAGGUGAGCGCAGUGUAACCAUCACUUAUCGCCGCCCUAUAAUUCGGUAUGAUCAACUGAUUUGUUAAUGUAAAUUGGCCACCGUCAAUAGUUUCUAAAGCCGACAUUUUGUCCGUUGGCCAUUCGUCAAAGCGUAACCUUUUACCCUAAGGCUUUACUCUGACGAAGUGCCAAUGCUCGAAUCGUCAGCCUUAGAGAUUCUUUUCGUUAUCGACGUAGUUGAUAACACCAAAUUUUCUUCCUAUACCCCCACUGAUGCAGCAUCACAGUCUGUUUUAACCCUUUCAUCCAAAGAUCAUUAACCCUUUCAUCCACCCCAAAGAUCACAUUAGUAAUUCUCUUUACUGUCUGCCAUACAGUUCUUGUGAUGUUAGUUUGGAGAAUUUGGUAUUGGAUCAAUUUAUAACAAAUAUUUUCUUUAUUCUCAUCACUUGUUUGCUUAAAAUUGUAUUGAUAUUGUAAGGAGAAAUUCUGUCUUGGUCACUCACGGGAGUAAAAGGGUUAAAAGUCACCCCUUUAUCCUCUUGUCACCAUAACCAAUGAUAAACUACUAAUGGAUUGUUUUAAGACUUUCUAUCCAAUAAUUUAUAUCACUGAAAAUACGGAAGCCAGAAGGAAAAAAAAAAUUAAAAUGCCGCUUUGACUACCCUAAGCGGGAAAUCAACGAGUAUUUCUCAGUCAGUUGAUCAAUCCAUUUCAAAGUUUACUAGUUUAUGUCACGCAUAACCCACAGUGUUUCACUUUGUCCUUAAGAAAGGCUAGCUCAGGACAUGCAGGGAAAACUGAACCAGCACAUCCGUAACAUGUCUCACAUUACCCACGUUCUACCUUUGCAGAUCUUUGGUGGACAGCACUUCUAUGUUACAGCUUAUAAGGCUCUUAAACACAGGACCACAAACAUGGACGUACUGAUUAUGUUGGCCACAUCAAUAGCUUAUGUUUAUUCUGUAAGUACUGAUCUUCCGUAAAGUAAACUUAAUUUUAAUCUGAUUACAUGUGAAUUAGUUUAAUUUAGAUCUCCCAGAAAACUGCUAUAAGAUUAGUGAUGUUCACAAACUUAAUGGUACAGUUUAUCAAAAUGUCGAAUUAAAAAAAUAUCUUCGAAACUUUCCUUCUCUUUGUCAUUCUGUGUAUUAUUUCUCUCCUAGAUUAUUGUCGUUACCGUGGCGAUGUCCGAACAGAGUAAUCACAGUCCAAUGACGUUCUUUGACACCCCACCUAUGUUGUUGGUGUUCAUCUCACUUGGUCGCUGGAUGGAGCAUGUCGCCAAAGGAAAGACAUCAGAGGCUCUGGCCAAACUGUUGUCUUUACAACCCUCGGAUGCACUGCUGGUCCAGCUGGCACCCGGAACAAUGAACGUAGUCAGUGAGAAAGUCAUUCAUGUUGACCUGGUCCAGCGUGGAGAUGUACUAAAGGUACACAGGCUCUAACACUUCUCAUUUCUCUUGUUGCAUUUUGAAGGCAGAUUUUCAGCUUAGUGUAAGGAAAUUUGUCUUCCCUAGAAGUAAUCAGAACCUUUACUUAAGAGACAUUUGUACUGUUGCAUAAUAGAAUUCUACUAGAGAGGUGGAUGGUAAUAAAUUCAUUGAAAACCUUGUGCGAGGUUCUCUGUCCUUGUCCUAUCGCCGGCCGUCAUUCUUUCACCUAAUCGAUGACUAGUUGAAUACUAACCAGACUUGAGUGCAACUGGUUUGUUGUUGUUUCAGUAAACCUCAGUUUCCCAAAGUUAUAUAAAACCUUGAUAGUAAUGCUUGUUUGUAAUUAUUUCUGGACGUCCUUGGAAAAAAAAUCAAUUCACUGCCGAUGUUUGGUGCGAUUUUCAACUCCUCUUUAUGUGAUCGAUAAAUUAAUGCUAUAUGAAAAUAAAGCUCGUUCUCAUAUUUUCAGGUUGUUCCAGGAGCUAAAAUACCAGUUGAUUGCAAAGUUCUUCAGGGUACAUCCACCGCUGACGAAUCUCUGAUCACGGGUGAAUCCAUGCCUGUCAUCAAGAAACCAGGUGACUCCGUGAUUGGUGGAACUAUAAACCAAAACGGCUCCUUAUUGGUGGAGGCAACCCACGUGGGUCAGGACACUACGCUUGCACAGAUUGUGAAAUUAGUAGAGGAGGCACAAACCUCUAAGGUACGGUGGAAAUUUUACAAUUUUGUAAUGAUUUGAAGGCAAGUAAUUUUCGUGCGAAGCUGCCGUAGAAGUAUGAAAACUAAAUUUAUUCCAAAGUCUAUGUUAGUUCAAUUUUCGUUGUCUUUAUGUAUAGGACGGAAUAAAGUGAAUGAGAGUUUUUUCUGGCCUUUUGUUAGCUUGUCAUAUUGAGACCUGCUAAAUGACCGAGCUCACCAAAAACGCCCUAGGAGCUUCUUUGGUUAAGAAGAAGGGUAGUCAUUGGUUCUACUUCCCUGCAAUGUCCUAUUUUUUGUCUUUUUCCUCGUCACAUUAUCUAACCUCUUUGGUUCAUUUCUCUUUUAUUUAUAGGCUCCAAUCCAGAAGUUUGCCGACAAGUUAUCAGCGUAUUUUGUUCCCACUGUGGUUACGAUCUCAAUUGUGACCUGGGUUAUCUGGCUCAUUAUUGGAUUUGUUGACAUUACAGUGCUCAGAAAGACUUUCAACGUAAGUACUGCUUAAAGAAGUCCUUUUUUUUUCUUGAGUAUUACAACUGUUUAAAGAAACGUGGGUCUAUGCUGUGUGAAGGAGAGUCUUUCUGAAAGAAGUGUCUUAUCACCGUUCUUGUUUUUCCACAGCCGGACCAGGAUAAUAAGACAGAGUUUGUGUUCGCUUUCGCCUUCCAGAUUGGCAUUACUGUGCUGGCCAUUGCGUGUCCCUGCGCUCUUGGUCUAGCCACCCCUACUGCUGUUAUGGUGGGUACAGGUAUUGGAGCUCAGAAUGGAAUACUGAUUAAGGGAGGCGAACCACUAGAGACCGCACACAAGGUAAGAACAGACAAGUUGUGCGCAGGUGUUUUCUCGCGCUUUAGGGAGUACGCUUAUCUCUACAUUUAGUUCUCAUUGGCGAUAUAAACCUCUUUGAAGAUUGGCCGUUGGGAUCAAUUUGGCUUUUGUUUGGAGAAACCCAGUCGAAAAACGUUUUGUUUGCAGGUGAAUGCUGUAGUGUUUGACAAGACAGGCACCUUGACACACGGCUCCCCUGAAGUGGUGAAGACAGCGCUUUUUGUCAAACCAGCCCAGUGCAGCGUGGAAAUGCUAUUGGCGCUAACAGGCACUGCUGAAAAUCACAGUGAACAUCCUAUCGGCGUAGCCAUUACUAAUUACGCCAAACAGGUAAGGGUAAAAACUGAAGCAAGAACUACAAUUUGAGUAUGUCAAAGGAAAAAAAUAGGCGCUAGGGGAAACUCACAGGAAUAGCAAUGUUGGACCGAAGUGCACUGUUAACUAAGCUUUAUUUAUUGUUUACGGAGUACAUCAAAUGGUUUGGAGCCGGUCAUGGAGUUAAACUGUUCGCACAAGGGUAGUUUUGAAAAAAAUAUUUUGUCGGUGACAGUGUCGACAGCUUGUGCGAAAUCUUCUUCAGUCAUAUUUACAAAACUGGAGGGUUAGAUAUUUACGGAUAUGUUAGAGGCGCCCUCUGCUUGAGGUAACCAAUUGACUUGGUUCCGUUAUUUGUGCAUGUUUAUUUGCUGAUUCGAAAAAGUGGGGGCGGGACGACUUUGAUGUUUUGAAUGACCCCUCUAUGGAGUGUCUCUGCUGGCCUAGAGUUCGGAUCAGAGCACUACUAGUACCACUGCUGACCAUAAUGUUAUCAACAGGAGCUGCAGACAGAAACUUUGGGUCAGUGUACGGAGUUCAAGGCAGUGCCAGGGUACGGUCUGACCUGUGCGGUCAGCGGUGUCGAAGACAUCAUUAAGCCCAAGACUGUUACGGACAAGAACCGGAAAAACCUGACCGUCAAGAUUAGCGGAGUUGUGAUUGACGAGAGUGCAGAUGCUGAUCCAACAUCAGUCAUCAGUGGCAGUGAUAAUGGUAAGGUUGCAGUAACUCCUACAUCAAACGCAGAAAGAAGUGGCCGCAAAGAAAAAACACAAAAGGCUAGCCUACGCAGCUCAAGGCCAAUUGCCAGUAAGAUGUAGUGGUGGCCUUUGAUCAGUUAAUUAAGUAGUCAUAUCAUGAAAUAGUUUGUGGUGAAAGAGUACUGUAGCAGAGGUAGCGAGUGGUCUUGUGCAAUCAGCUGCUAGGGAGCCUGUAUGUCAGUCUUUAUUGGCUGUGUAAGGGCCACUUCUUUCCGCCAAAACUUAAUUCCAAUUUUUUUCCCUUCUAAAUUGCAAUGGCAGUGAAAGAAGCAUCAUUCUCAAUACAAAACAUUCCCAAGUGAAGGAGAACUUCCGUUUGCAGUAUUUCGUCGCACUAAAACAAAUUUUAUUUCACGGUGACAGUCUCUUGGCAUUUCAGUCCUACUGCAAGAGUACAUUAUGUUUUAGCCUUUUUAUUCAACUUCACCUUUGUUAAUAAGGAUUACAGCUGGAGUGAAGGGCAUCAAAUACAUUGUCGCCUUGUAACCGUUUGUUCUUAUUUUUACUUUUUCUUCGCUCACCAAUUCUUUACCCGCUUGGAUACGUGUCGUUUCUGAAGCAUUGCGUAAUAAUCUUUUUCGUGAACAUAUCAUGAUUUGAAAACUGUUCCCCUUCUACAGCAGAGAGCCAAGCAGAGGAAGGAAGUAACGCUGCCAAAGAACCCACUAAAUACAAAGUGCUUAUUGGUAACAGAGAAUGGAUGCAACAGAACGGCUUAGAGGUUACUGAUGAGAUGGAAGAUGCCAUGCAAGAGCAUGAAGAAAAAGGACAUACCGCUGUACUCAUCAGCAUUGAUGGUAAGAACUCGAGAAAAGGAAAAGGUCGCCCGAUUAGUUGGCGGAAGUGCACACUCUCUCCGACUGCGCAGUGACCUCUUAAGUGGUGGAAAAAUUUCGCUCGUGUUGAUUUUCGAGCAAAUUUUUGAGUAGUUAUAAGGAAUCAGUAGCUCGUCGAGUACACCAGUCGUGCAAAUUUCUGAUCGUUCGGCAGAACAGAAAGCUCGUCGGGUGCUCCAGUCGUGCAAAUUUCUGAUUGUUCGGCAGAACAGAAAGUUCGUCGAGUGCACCGUUCUUGCAAAUUUCUGAGAGUCACGAGCUCGCUGGGUGCACUAGCGCUCUCGAGAUAAGUCUCCGGGCUGACAUUUUACCCUCCGACUUCGCAUAGUUUCAAUCCUGAUUCGCCGGAAUUUUUUCCCUCAGGUGUUCUUGUAGCAAUGAUGGCGGUCGCUGACACAGUGAAACAGGAGGCUCAGGCAACAGUGGCGACACUGAAAAGAAUGGGAAUAAGAGUAGUGCUGUUAACUGGAGACAACAAGAAGACGGCGUUCGCCAUCGCUAAGCAGGUCAGUUGCAAGAUGAUUUGUCUCGCUUUCGUAUGUCCAAAGCAACCUGAAACAUUCAUUUUCGCCCAGGAGUGUAGUUGAGCUGUACACUUCCUGAUUUCUGUUUCUUUGUCGUUUUGGGUCGUUGACGCUGAUCGUGAGCGACCCUUUCAGGAAAACUCCUACCAUCAUACUCAAAAACUGCUAUUCAUCAUACUUAUAAGAUAAGACAACGCUUUGUCCCUCGCUCGUGAUAAGACGAAUAAACAUCUGUUUUUGUUUCUUUACCAAGCUUUAAAAUCAUUAUCGUUCUUAUUCUAUCUACACACUUUCACAUGACGGUUUCGAAAUUACUGAUCCUAGCAGUAUGCAAGACGUGGGUCACAUGUAAACCUCUUAAUGACGCAGCUCACUUCAGAGUCUCUUUGACUACGUGGUAGAGCGUCAGAGCGUGGACUCCUAGGGCCUGAGGUUCGAUUCCUCAUGGGAACUCAUACUCGUGACGAGACAAAUAAACAACUGUCUCCAGCUCUGUAAUAUUAGUAGCUGAUAUAUUACGUUUGCCGCUCUGCACAUCCGGUUUUAUUCAUCAUCAUACGUAAGUUGGAAGUGCUGCAUGGUUAAAAUUUUCCUUGUUUCACCACAGGUUGGGAUACAGCAGGUAUUUGCAGAGGUUCUUCCUUCACACAAAGUGGAAAAAAUUCGUUCGCUUCAAGACAAAGGUUUUAUUGUAGCUAUGGUGGGUGACGGAGUCAAUGAUUCACCAGCCCUCGCACAGGCUCAUGUUGGAAUCGCUAUCGGCACUGGUACAGAUGUCGCUGUGGAGGCAGCUGAUGUUGUCUUAAUUAAGGUAACUGUUUGAUCAGCGUCUCUAUUCUCCAUUCCAUGUAAUUGCUAUGGAAAGUAUUUUUUAACUAUUUCUUAAAUGGAAUUACUUCGUGGUAGAUGCAAUGUCCGAAAGAGCCUUACAUUUAAAAUCAAAACAUCACUUAAUAUCAGAAUAUACCCCGGCCGGGUCACUGGGCUGUGUGCUGUCUCGACUCUCACUGUACCCCUUUCCACUUUAAUCCGCGAUUAAUUUUUUUUUUGCGUCUCAAUAUCGAGACAUUACCCAAGAAAGAGAAAGUAUCAGUUUGGAAGAGUUAUGUUGCUACCAAACCAAAUUCUUUCAUAUGAUUUCUUUGGAAAGUUAACAGCAGCAAGAGGCAAGUUUUACAUUCUGGUCCAAAGAUUUAGAAUUAAAUCAUACGAAAGGGGUUACUCCAAUACUUCUGUACGCGAUAGGCAAUUAUAGGCAUAUAUAUUAUCCUGGAGAUAACUAUCAUUGAGCAAUAUUCAGACGUCUCUCGAGUUCUUUUCAAUUGCUUACCUCAUCCGUUGCUGUCGUUAUUGUUUAUUUAGAGUGAUCUCAUGGAUGUAGCCGUCGCUAUCGACCUCUCACGGGUUACAGUCCGAAGAAUCUACAUCAACUUCUGCUUCGCGCUCAUCUACAACAUGAUUGGAAUCCCGUUAGCUGCUGGAGCGUUUGAACCUCUAGGCGUCGUUAUGAAGCCUUGGAUGGCAAGUAUUGCAAUGGCAGCGUCUUCUGUAUCUGUUGUUGGGUCAUCUUUGAUGCUCAGAUUGUAAGUUUUAUAGUUUGGUUUGAUAUUGUUUAGAGUCUCGUGUUCGGGGAUUACUAAGGUUUCUUUCAUUGAAAAUUUUAAAGAAAACUCAUUUACACAAACGUAUAUUUACGAUUGGGAGCUUUGGUCCGAGGCCCUGUUCUGGCAAACGCCCAGUUUGAACGGGACGAGAAACCACGCCAAGCUUUUGCCCUAGUUCUGUUUCAGUUAUGUACAAAGUGUCCGAUCAUGGAAGAUAAGUCAGUAAUCCUCAUUUAUAUUACAUAUUUUGAACCUUCCUUGGAAUGAGGCCUUACCUUUGUGCUAAAUGUGGUACAAACUACGCGCGCCUUUGUGUGGAUUAGUUCCGUUGUUAAGCUCGAUUUCCGCUGUUUUCUCGGGUCUGGUCUUCGAUCAUUCCGAGAGAGAGGACCAGGAAGGAGCUUGGGCUCGUUUCUUGAAUGGUGGCUGUUGUCAUGUAUAGUCACGUGUAAAUAAUAUGAAACAAACCUCUAUAGUAGUUUCGGCUUCCAUGAUGCGGAAUGAACGCGCGAGUGAUACGGAAUUUGUGGAAACCUUGAUGUUCACUGAUCGAAUGAUCUACUCUCUUUUCAGAUACAAGAAACCUGAGGCUGAAGAAGGUGUAAUAGGUUCAAGGAAUCCUUUCUCGUCUGGUUACACCAUGCUGAACACGGCUCCUAAUGACUCGUUAGACAUCCAACCAGAAGGCGGCUUUUCCAACAAGAAAUUCAGACGAACAUCUCGUAAAAAUUCUCGAAACCCCGCAGAACUGACGAAAAUGUCCUUCAUUUCAGACGACGCUUAG